UACCGGAAAACGCGCGUGUUAGGCUGAGGGGGCUCGCGUGAGGGUUGUGCUGCCAUGGGCCGCAGGAGAGCGCCCGAUGCCGGGACCCUCGGCCGUGCCCUUAUCCGCCAGAAGACUCAGCGGAGCCGCAACCACCGUCACGCCGACUCCUGGUUGCACACAAGUGAGCUCAAUGAUGGCUACGAUUGGGGUCGUCUUAAUCUGCAGUCAGUAACUGAACAAAGCUCCCUUGAUGACUUCCUUGCAACUGCAGAACUUGCAGGAACAGAGUUCAUAGCUGAGAAGCUGAAUAUUAAGUUCAUACGUCCGGAGGCUAGAACUGGACUGCUAUCUUUUGAGGAGAGCCAGAGAAUUAAGAAACUCCAUGAAAAAAACAAACAGUUCCUGAGUAUACCACGGAGACCAAAGUGGGACAAAAACACUAGUCCUGAAGAACUCAAACAGGCAGAGAAAGAUAACUUUCUAGAAUGGAGACGUCAACUUGUCUGGCUAGAAGAGGAACAAAAGUUGCUAUUGACUCCAUUUGAAAGAAAUUUGGACUUUUGGCGCCAGCUGUGGAGGGUAAUUGAGAGAAGUGAUAUUGUGGUCCAGAUAGUAGAUGCUCGAAACCCACUCCUGUUUAGAUGUGAGGAUUUGGAAUGUUACGUGAAAGAAAUAGAUGACAGUAAGGAAAAUGUCAUUCUCAUUAAUAAGGCAGACUUGCUGACUGCUGAGCAACGGAGUGCCUGGGCCACGUACUUUGAAAAAGAAAAUGUGAAGAUUAUUUUCUGGUCAGCUUUGACUGAAGCCAUUCAACUGAUUGGUGACUCUGAGGAACAUGUAGACGAGGGUGCCGGAGAAGCCAAUACAACUGAGUCUGAGAACUCCAGUUGUGAUGAGGCUGAAAAUCCUCACAGUGAGACCGAACAUCUCCUGGACAAGGGCUCCCCGACACUUGGUGAGGUUGCCACUAGCGAUGAAGACAGUGAGUACGAGGACUGUCAGGAAGAGGAAGAGGAGGAAGAAGUUUGGCAGACGUGUUCGGAGGAAGAGAGCAGCCCUGACGAAGAGGCCUGUGGCUGGGACAGGAAGGAAAGCCGUGCCGUGGAUUCCGAGGUUCAGGGCAGGAGUGCCCUGCAGAAGACGCACACACGCGAUUUUAGCCACCUGGUAUCAAGGCAGGAACUGUUGGAGAUCUUUAAGCAGCUACACACUGGGAAGAAAGUGAAAGACGGACAACUUACUGUUGGACUGGUGGGCUACCCAAAUGUUGGUAAGAGUUCCACAAUCAACACCAUCAUGGGCAACAAGAAAGUAUCUGUGUCGGCUACACCUGGUCAUACCAAGCAUUUUCAGACACUUUAUGUGGAACCUGGCCUCUGCUUAUGUGACUGCCCAGGCCUGGUGAUGCCAUCCUUUGUCUCUACCAAGGCAGAGAUGACUUGCAAUGGAAUCCUCCCAAUUGACCAAAUGAGAGACCAUGUCCCCCCUGUGUCACUAGUUUGCCAGAAUAUUCCAAGAUAUGUUUUAGAAGCUACCUAUGGCAUCAAUAUCAUAAAGCCUAGAGAGGAUGAAGAUCCCCAUCGACCUCCAACAUCAGAAGAACUGUUGACAGCUUAUGGAUAUAUGCGAGGAUUCAUGACUGCGCAUGGGCAGCCAGACCAGCCUCGGUCGGCUCGCUACAUCCUGAAGGACUACGUCAGUGGUAAACUUCUGUACUGUCAUCCUCCUCCUGGAAGAGACCCUGUGACCUUUCAGCAUCAACACCAGCGACUCCUAGAGAACAAAACGAAUAGUGGUGAACUAAAAAUACAUCCAGGUGGAAAUAAAAAAGGAAAACAGAUUGAAAAUAUAGUUGACAAAACUUUUUUCCAUCAAGAAAAUGUGAGAGCUCUGACCAAGGGAGUCCAGGCUGUGAUGGGCUACAAGCCCGGGAGUGGCCUGGUGACUGCAGCUGCUCUGAGCUCUGAGAGCAGGGCUGGGAAGGCCUGGAAAAAACAUGGCAACAGAAAUAAAAAAGAGAAGAGUCGUAGACUCUAUAAGCACCUGGAUACGUGAACUUGGGCCACAGCGGAAAUGGCAUCUGCGUCGUGCAUCUGGAGAAGACCAGAAGCUGCUCUUGCCCGGAUGCUGUGGAAUGGACCCUGCUUCUUGUGACACGCAGCCACACCAGCCAGCCAGUGUCAAGACGGAGGGGCUCCUUGGAGCACCGAGCUAGCAUAGUCAUCUCGGAGCCCCAGGAACCUCGCCCUCUAGAAGGCUGAAUUUAAGAUAAGGGAAUGAAUGAUUGACUGGAAGUUUGUGUAGACAAAUGCACAUGCAUAAUAAUUUGUAAGUUGGGGUUGUUUUUUUUAAGAUACUAAAAUUAAAUGGUCACUAUGAGACUUUU